AUGGUUCGUGUAAGUCGUCGACCACGUGUGGUCGAUGUCGAAUCGGAGAGUGAGAUUGAACGCAAUGUGCCCGUUCCUCGGAAUGCUGUGGACAUGGAAGACAGCCGCGAAGUGAAUGAGUCGGGUCAGACUGGGUUUAUGGCGGCCUCUGCUGCUGUACUUGAAGGACACACAGAUCUUCCAGGGGCGGACACUGGAGGUUUGCUUAGGGUUGUCGUUAAUCACCCUGAUGACUUCAGAGGCGAAGGAACGGCGCGUGAAGCUCGCAAAGUAGUCAUGGCCAACGCUAGGAAGAACAGACCCUGGAGUACCUCUUCCGGGGCAACGAAGAAAGCUUUGGAUGGGUCACGAUUGAGCCCUGAUCGACCUGAUUCGACAAUCGAACGGGAUCGUAACAUUACGGGAGAACGACCAGCAUAUUCCUUGAGUAGAAAUUCGAGAUCCGAUCAUGGCUCUCGUUCGGUACUUUCAGCGCAAACGCUUCUUGGUACUGAUACCAAGGAGGAAAUUCAACAAGAACGCGCCAUUCAGGUGGGGUGGUCUGAAAACGACUAUCCGGAGCCGAGUAUCAAAGAAACCUUGAGAACACGACCUUCAAUGAUCACUACUCGACUUUCUACCGGUGAGCCAGGAAUUGAAAGAAUGGAGGAUCAGAUCAGUCGUCCCGACAGCGGCCAUGUUGAGAGAAAGGUUGAGAGCAGUUCUGGUUCCCUAGGCGUUAUUUCCUUGGGGCAUUCUGAUAUUGCAUCAACUGUUGCGGCUGAAGACGGAGAUGAUGGGUGGGUUUCACCUGUACCUGUACCUGAAAUUCUUGAACGAAAGAAAGGUAUCCAAAGACCCAGAGAUGAACCAGAUUCUCUUAUACUACCUGCUCUUGGUUACCAAGCUGAAAGACCAAGUAAAGAAGAAGAGGGUAGGGAACCCCCAAAUGAACCUACCUCCGCAAUAGCACACACAAAAACUACCAGCAUGUGGAAAGAGAACAGCGGCGGAGAUUUGAGGCAUAGCAAAAUGGCUGAGACAAAUCGUCGGAAAGAGAGCUACAGAACCGAGAACCGAAGGGGAGAGGUUCUCCUUGGGCAGGCACAUUCGACUUUUUCAGAAAUCACUCGAAGAACAGGCGCAAGCUUUCAUGAAAGUGUCAGCGAAAGCGAGAUAGACUAUUCCUCGGAUGAGGAAAUCCCGCCUUCGGACUAUGACUCCUACAUGUACCCCAGUUACCGCCCAACUUUGCGGUCGCGGCGAGAUCUUUCCAUCCGAAGGAGGUCAGCUGAAGAAAUUAAAAAAUCAGACAGGCGGAAAGACUUUAGUAGCUCGAGGUCGACUAGCUAUGCACAAACACACCAGAUAAAUGAUACAUCUGUACCUACGGAGGAGCAACGAAGAAUAUCACCCCCCGCGUCGGCGAUCGAUACGAGUUCGGUCGAAGAAACUCUCGCUAGCAUUCCUAGCGACAGUCGCUUAGAACAAGAAGUAGACAUGGUACAAUUCUGGAAGUGUCGCCGUACAAUUCUCCGCACACUCUUUGUGAUACAUCAUUGCGAAUUUCUUGGCAAGAAGCAAAGUGAACUGAUUGAUAGUAAUGAGGCCAAAGAAGCAGAGCAGGUGGUAUUGUAUGAUCAGUUAGUAAAAGCGAUGGAUAUGGCAACAAAGGAUAUGAAAAUAGAUAAAGAAAUUAGAUCAGAGGAAGAAGUAGAACUAUGGUGGGGUGCAGAAUGGUUAGCAGAAACAGAAUUAUUGUCGAGACCAGAAAAAUGGAGAGAAGCAGAAAUGUUGACAGAACCAAUAAGGCUGAGAGAGCAAGAAAGGUUGGCAGAAGCGGAAAAAUUGACGAGAUCGGAAACAUGGACAGAAGCAGGAGACGCAAAAAGACCAACGGAAGUAUUGGGAAAGAUAGAUACGACACAAGAGAGAGAAGAGAAGGAAACUGACCACAUCACUGUUGCCAGAGACAGAGCUAAAAAUGAGUUCGUCGGAGAGCGUUCCCGAAUGAGCUUCGAGUGGGAUUUUGCUAAUACUACAUCAGCACCAUCAUCAUAUGCAAAUUCAUUUGCUUGGAUUUUUACCACAAAAUCUUUAACGUCAUCAGCAUCCUACCUAUCAAGAGACAGCGGAUACUCAGCAGUACAAGUCCUCACAGCUACUAAGGAACUACUCUCAAUUGUCCUUGAAGACCGUGUGCUACUACCGAUCUACAAAUCUGCGAUAAACGACCCAAAUAUAGGCCCAGAGAGACUUCAGAGAAACCUACGCCGACUGUUCAAAGUAUAUGCGAAUCUCCUGGAGGAAGAAGCGACAGAGAGAUUGGAGUACCUAGCUUCGCAGCUUGUUCUCGUAAAGUCGGGAUUCCUGGCUCACUCUAUCGUCGAGAAAUUGCGGAAUGGUCCAGCAAGUAGCCCUGAUACGGAGCAUCAUAAAAACGGCUCCGAUGAUGACGAUGAUGGUGAUAUUAAUAGACCAUCCGACGUCCGACCCGUCAAUGAGGACGUGUUUGAGGAUCUCGCUGUCUUCCGCGAAUUUCUAAUUGGAAGCGAGGCAUUCAAGUCUCUGCGGGCCAAUGUGCAAGCCUUCGUAACACCAAAGACAAUCCAGACACCUCUACUGGACGCUACAUUUCGGAGAGAACUGGAUGUCGACAAGACGGUCAUAAAGCAGAACCUCACGAAGCCAUCAACGCGACCAGCGACUAGUCUCACGUUAGAGCAGUGGCUUGAGGAUGCAAGAAACAGCAUAGAUUUGCUCUUUCGGGCGACAGAAAUAUCAGUCAUUGCAGCUGUCAUUCUCAAUCUUGCAAUAGAUGCAUUAUUUCUAGCGACCGACGAGUUUUUCAUCACCAUGGGACUUCUGGAACCAGACUUGAAGCGAAACAUGACGCGUUUCCGAUGGCAAUGCCAGAAUUGCGGUGAACAGUUCUAUAGCGACAUUACGGAGCUGCGAGCAGGCGGUGGAGACGAGCUCGUGAAUCACAUGCAGCGCACAUCUGGCGUCAAAGUACAUACAGCACCUUACAACCAGCAUUCGAAUAACCAAAGAUAUGUUGCACUGCGUCCCCGUCAAUGGAUACAAAAUGCGGUAACGAAGAUAAGUUCGGCAUUUGCAGGAUCCCCUAAGCCGCCAGCAAGCCUUCCACAACAUAAUCCGCCACAAUAUACAACCGCUUGUUGUGCCACUCCCAAUACACCUCCUCGACAAAGGGUUCUUCGUCUUCUCACAUGUAUGCACCGCGAUCGAUUCAGAAAGGUACUCUACCAGGACGUCAUGGAGAAGGUUACAACCAGACUGGCUAUCAGUCAGUUCAGUCAGUCCGGAGGUCUCCAGACUGACUGA